AUGUUGAACUCUGACUGUUUGAUAGAUUCUGAUUAUGACAGUGAUCUUGCAUUAAAUACGAUUGUUGCCUUCACAUCUCGUCAUUUGACUGAAGAAAUUGAAGGACAGGUGUUAUAUCAGGAAAAAUACCAGAAAGAAAAGAUAAAAACGCUGACGGUUGCCCUCAUUAUUUGUCUGAAUAUUGAUAUAGACCCUCCUGAUGUGCAAAAGAUUUCACCUUUCUCAAGAGUUGAAGCUUGGUUUGAUCCAACUGAUGCUAAUAGUUUACAUGCUCUGGAGACAAUCGGGAAAAAUUUGCAGUCUCAGUACGAACGAUGGCAACCUCGUGCAAGAUAUAAACAAUGUCUUGAUCCCACUUUAGAUGAUGUGAAAAAAUUGUGCCUUAGUUUGAGACGUAACGCCAAAGAUGAUAGAAUCUUGUUCCACUAUAAUGGACAUGGAGUUCCAAGACCCACUGAAAAUGGUGAAAUAUGGGUUUUCAAUACGAAAUUUACAAAGUACAUCCCACUAUCAUUGUAUGAUCUUCAAAGGUGGUUAGGUGCCCCCUCUGUUUAUGUGCUUGAUUGUCAAAAUGCUGGGAGAAUUAUACAAAUGUAUGAAGUGUUCUGUGAACGUCGAAAAGCUGAGGCAGCUGUAGCUGAACAAAAGCUAAUGGAAUAUGAUGGAAAAACUGAUCAUUCAGAAGCCUACCAAUCUAAUCAUCCAAUACGCUCUGGGCUUUAUGAAGUGUCUAAUCUCCCUGAUUCACAUGUUCAGGGAUCUCUACAAAGUACACCUCAUGUUGUGAGUAUGGAAAAUACAAUCAUGUUAGCUGCAUGCGGUAAAGAUGAAGACUUACCACAGAAUCCUAAUCUACCUGCUGAUUUGUUCACUGCAUGUCUGACCACACCAAUUCGAAUGGCUCUUCGUUGGCAUUGGCUACGACAUCAAGAGUAUUUUCCAGGUUAUUUGGAUGAAGCUCUACUCGAUCGUAUACCAGGUUCACAUUCAAAUCGAAUGUCUUUACUAGGUGAAAUCAAUUGGAUAUUCACAGCUGUUACAGAUACAAUAGCCUGGUGUAGUUUCCCAUUGGAUAUAUUUCAGAAAUUAUUUCGUCAAGAUUUACUCAUAGCUAGUCUUUUUAGAAAUUUUUUAUUAGCUGAACGUAUUAUGAAGAGUUAUGGUUGUCAGCCAGUUUCAGCACCAUUAUUACUUCCCACAUAUCAACAUAGUAUGUGGGAUGCAUGGGAUCACACAUUAGAUCGUGUAAUCCACUAUCUGCCUAGAAUGCUGAAAAUUAUGGAAGGUAGUCCGUAUACUGAAAAGAAACUGCCUAUCAUCAACGCAAAUCCUACCACCAGUGGUCAACUGAGUCAUUUACUUCAUCACAAUUAUCAUCAAGGUAAUACUGUUAAUCACCACAGUUCAAGUAAAGCUAUAAAUACUGUCAAUAAUCAUAAUAAUUAUAACACUAGCCAUCGAAUUACUGGUCCAGUUGGAAAUAUCCCUAUUGAUUUCUGUACAAAUCGUACGGGUCAUUUGUGUACUCAGCAACAACCACAACCACCUCAAGGAAUAUUAACAGGAGGAGGAGGAGGAGGCGCAGCAACAGGAUGUUCAGGACAACUUCAACGGCAAACAACAACUAUUCCAGCCUUUUGUCUACUGCCAACUAGACCACAUAAUUCAUCUAACAUUCUUCCUUCAAAUCAAAUACUAAACGAUAGCACCAAUUUCACUGUUAUAAAUCCAGUUGUUUCAGUCAGUACAACAACAAUUACAUCAACUCUUCCCUCUGUUUCAACUGGUGUUUCUACAACUACUGUUUCAAAAGUUUCUAUUCCAGCUCCACUUGUCAAUCAUCAAAAUAACCAGUUAAAUCGUCAACUGAAUGUAGAAAAUCAUUUAGGUAGUACUAAUCUUCAUGAUGUUAAUGAUCGGUCUACUGUUUAUCAAUAUAAUGGUGGUGGUGGUGGUGGUGGUGGUGGUGGUUUACCUUCUAAUUGUCGUCGAUCUCAGUUUCAAACAGUAUCUAGUCAAGUGUCUACAUUGGUACCACAGUCGAAGACAUUUAAGCCUAUUCAAAGUUCAGUGGCACCACCUCCAGGAUUUAAUCUGGAGCAAACAAAACAACAAAGGCGAUUGGAGGCUGAAAUUACAAAUACAGUUACGAAAAGACCAGUACCUGCCUUGAUUGAAUCAGAACAACACGAUAUUUGUGCUGUUGACAAGGAUGAUAAUAACGCUGGUGUUAAUAGGGAUAUAAUCAAAACGAAAUCAGAUUCUCAUGAUGUGGACCAGAAGCAACAGUUGCAGUUACCGAAGUUGCCUAAGGGGAACAAAAGCGAUCAUCAAUCACCUGAAGAUCAUAAAAUUACUAGUCAUAGUAGAAAUGCCAAUUCAACUGCUGGUCAAAAUGCCUCACCUGAGCCUCCUACCACUUCAGUGCUUGCCAGUAAUGAUGAAAAUAAGAAAAGUACAUCGAACAACACAUCUAGUUUUGGCGUUGAUACAUCCUCGGUGUUGACACUGAUCAAUUGUCAUCAACAGCAGUUGGGUGAAGCAUCUACAAAUGAUAGCACUCACUCCACUGAAAAGGAUGAUGCGAAAUCGUCUGAAAUUGUUACAAAUAAUCAGAAUGUAAAUCAGAACAAACCUAAAAACAUGGUUACUGCUUCACCUAUGAAACCUCAAAAACAAACUGUUACAAAUUAUCCUCAUGGUUAUGAAAAGUUGUAUUUAUUACCGAAUGGUGGUGAUAUCAGCGGUCUCAUGGGACCUUGUCGACAUAGAGUCAAUACGAAGUCGAUAGUGAAUCAAUUACCCCCAUCACUAAUACCAACAAUAAAAACAACCGCUUUACAGCCCAACACAGUAAGACAGCAUUUAGAUCCAAGAACAUGUGUUCGAUUACCAACUGAGCCUGGUAAUCGGCUCCAAAACCACAAUCCUCUUCAAAGUGAAAACAGUCCUUAUAUCAAUAGAUCUUUGAUUAAUAGUAAUGCCAAUAUGAUACCACCAAAUCAACAAAUCCUCUUAAACUCAUUGCCUCCUAGCGACAGUGGUCAGCCAGCUCAGAUGAUAUCCACUACUGUUAGCUCUGGUUCUGUAAUUGGCGGUAGUGGACCGGCAUCAUUUUUCACUAGUCAAAUGACUGCGUUUAAAAUCUGGCUGCAGACAGCUGAUGAAAGACGUCCUCCAGCUACACAACUUCCAAUUUUACUUCAGAUAUUAUUAAGUCAAAGUCAUCGAAUUCGUGCAAUGCAAUUGUUAAGUGAAUUUCUUGAUUUAGGACCAUGGGCUGUAACGCAUUGUUUAACUGUUGGCAUAUUUCCCUACAUAGUUCGAUUGUUUCAUUCACCAGUACCAGAGGUUAAACCAUAUCUGGUUUUUAUUUGGGGUAAAAUUAUCGCCAGUGCACAGACGGAAUUCGGUCGAAAUGAUUCUGUUCGAGAUUUUGGUUAUAAGUACUUUAUCACUUGUCUUGGUGAUACUGAAAAUCUUUCUCCUCUCACUCGAACAAUCACAGCUUUUGCAUUGGCCAAAAUGUUAGAAAAAGAUCAAUCUGGAGAGCCUGAUCCAUUUUUUCAAGAUGUUUAUUUGAAACAGAAUUUUCUGCCAAUUGUAUUAACCCAACUGUUUGAUAAUACACCUAUUCAUGAUCAAGAAAUGCACAUACGUAUGAGAUUAUGGCUUAUUCUUGCUUUAGCUAAAUUGUGGUGUAAAAAUGAUGAAGCUCGAUGGUUCGGUAUACGACAUAAUUUACCUGAAGUUCUACUCGCCUAUCUAAAUGAUAUUUCACCAGAGGUUAGAGCCGCUACAGUUUAUGCUCUUGGGAAUCUUAUAGAGAAUCAAACUACAGAUGCAUCAAAACAGGAUCAUGCUGAUCAGAUUAGUCAUGAAAUCGGUGGUCAACUAGUGAAAAUAUCAUCUCGUGAUGCAAGUCCAUUGGUUCGUUGUAUGUUGGUUGAAGCAUUUCGUGGAUUAGUGAAACAAUUUGAAUCACAAUUAUGUGCUAUCGGUAUUCAAUAUAUACAAGAGAUUAAAGUUAGGCAAUCACAACAACCAAUUGGUCCAAAAUUAUCAGUGCUUUCAGCUUCACCUUGUCCUAUUAAAAGACCUAUGCGUCAUAGUACAAUUAGUUUAAUCACACCUACUAGUGGAAGUACAGGAGGUCUUAAUGUUUCUCGUCAACUGGAAUCGAAUUCAUCAUCUUAUAUUUAUUCAAAUAGUAAUGGUCUACCUCUAACAAGACCAACAGGUCGAGAAGAUCAUCAGUUAGUUGUCAAGUCUCAAAGUUAUUAUAGGACUCAUGUAAACUUGCAACAACAACAACAACAACAAGCUUCUCCGAUCUUACGAAAAUCAUUCAACAAUUCUGCUUCAGUAUUUUUUACUGGUAGUGGAAAUACGCCCAGUACAAAUAUUUACGUUCAGUUUUGGUUGACUUUGGUUCAAUUGGCACAAGAUCCUUAUCCAGAAAUCUCUCGAUUAGCUACAAUUAUAAUUCAAUAUUUAUAUGCAAAGAUUCGCGAAAAGGCGGAAUACCAAACUAUUUGUAAUCCACCCAAUGUGGUUGGCGGUGAUUCUUCAUCCACGCUUGAUACUGCUUCUACAAUUGUUCCACUACCUGAUGUUUAUGCAUCCAAUUACAUAUGA